AUGUCAUCUAUGGCCACUAAAUCGCGUGCUAUUCUAGACUUUAUCUUCGCUCAUGCCAAGGGUGACACGCGCCCUUACCUCGAAGUAGAUAUUUACGGUAAGGUGCUACUAGGUCUGCUGGACAGUGGUUCUUCACGAACUAUUCUGGGCGCGGAUGGAUGGAGGAUGUUGGAGGGAUUGUGCCGAUUAAACACCCGUACGCGUGCUGAAUGUACGGUGGCGAAUGGACAGUCUUGCCGGAGCCUUGGUUCAGUUAUCUUACCUUUCAGGUUACGCGGAAGAAUUGACUUUUGGUCAAAGAUGGGCAUCAUACCCGACAUGUUUUCUGGCGAGUGGAAGUUCAGAGAGAAUGCGCGUUACGAGGGAGAGAUCGUUGCCAUUCAGUCUGUGGACUCUUUAACGGCGGAGCAAAGGCAUGAAUUGAAUUGUGUAUUGGACAGGGCAUUCGAUAAAAUGGAUAAGAAACUUGGAUGUACGAACCUAGUUGAGCUGACGAUAAAGACCGAUUCCCCACCGAUUAAGCAAAAGCACUACCCUUUAUCGCCACCCGCAAGUUAA